GUAGCUCCGGACAACAUGGGAUUUGCUUUUACACACUUAGUUCAAGCUUCAGCACUUUGUAAUAUGAUCGUCAUUAAAAAGGGUAAAACCUUUGAAAGGAAAAAAUCUGCUUUUCAAGUUUUCGCUCAUAAAGCUGGAUUUCCAAAACCGAUCCCCACAGCAGAACCAUUCAAAUUUGAACUGGUUCAUGAAUAUGCUUUUGACACUGGAUUGAAGCGUAUG